AUGAUGGUGUUGCGGGAUGUAGUUGCAGCGGAGGUGCGGCGUGUAGUUGUGAUAGAGGUGUUGCAGGAUGACUUCCCGAGGCCUCAUUAUCUUCAUUUGACCUCCUGUCUUCUUCGCGUGCGGCGGCGGUGGGAGCAAGGAAGCGAAGAUGACUACCGCCGACUGCAUGUUGUACGUCGUCACCAAUUUCCUGCCAACUACCUAUACCCUGUGGAGCUUGGAGCAAUUAAAGGAACCAUCUUUCUUAGCAAGUCUCGGAUCUGUCCAGUCGCACAUGACUAUAUAUCGUUUACGAUUGGAACACGAUGGUGCAACAAACUGCCCGGCAUUAAGAUGUUUGGAUGUACACCAAGCUGCUGGCUGGCAAGUUGA